AUGUCGAGCGGCGUUUCCGCGCCGAAACCCAUCCGCGAGACCACCCACCCGCCGCUGAUCGUCAACACCAGCAAGCGCAUCCCCCUCCUGCAAGCAUCGACCCACCACCCGGACCCCGAACCGACUCUCCCAAUCAAGCAAACCAGAAUCAAUACCGCCCGCACCAACCCAAUCUCCAUCCCUGAUUCCUCCUCCUCCUCCUCCUCCCCCCGCGGUGGCUCAGGCUCGAUCUAUUUCAUCGGCAACGCCACCACCAUAAUCCAGUACCCGCCCUUCCGCCUGCUCACCGACCCCAACUUCCUGCACGCCGGCGACCACGUGCACCUGGGCCCCGGCGUGACCGCACAGCGGCUGACCGACCCUGCCGUGCCCGACCUCGGCGCCCUGCCGCCCAUCGACGUCGUGCUGCUGUCGCACUACCACGAGGACCACUUCGAUCGGGAGGUGGAAGCCCAGUUGGCGCGGGACGUGCCCAUCGUUACGACGCAGCAUGCGAGGAAGUGUCUGACGCGGGAGGGGAAGGGGUUUCGGGCCGUUCGGGCGCUGGGGGAGUUUGAGGGGUUGGUUGUUAGGGAUGAAGUGCAACAUGCGAAGGGGAAGGCGGAGGGGGAGGGGAAGAAGGAGCCGGCGGUUAGGGUCACUGGCAUGCCGGGGAAGCAUGUCCCGCCCGGUCUGCUGGCCAGGGCGAAUGAGCUGCUCGGCGCGGUGCCGCCUACGAAUGGGUGGUUGGUGGAGCUGGGUACUAUUACUAGUGGUAGUACUUCCGGGACGACGGAGGAGGGGGAAGGGGAGGAAGGGUUUGAGACCGGGUACAGGAUCUACAUAUCGGGCGACACGCUGUUUGUGGACGAGCUGAAGGAGAUUCCGGCGCGGCUGCAGGGCGACAAGAUCGACCUAAUGCUGGCCCAUCUGGGGGGGACCACCAUCCCGGGACCCUACCUGCCGCUGCUCAUGGUCACCAUGGAUGCCAAGCAGGGGGUGCAGCUGAUGAGACUGGUCGACCCGGACGUGACGGUGCCGGUCCACUUUGACGACUACGACGUGUUCUGCUCGCCGCUGGACGACUUCAAGAAGGAGGUUGAGGCGGCUGGCUUGGCGGACCGGGUUGUGUAUCUGGACCGCGGGGAUGAGUAUCGGUUUGCGGUGAGGGAGGCCACGUGA